AUGAACUGGUGUAAUUUGAUUUUACUAGCUCUCUUUAUUACAAAUAUUACAAGUUAUUCAGAGAUUGUUGAAGCUCAAGCAUGCAUACCUGGUGGCGAAAUCAAUGGUAUAACACCACCACCAGGUGGAUGUAACAAAGAGAACUAUUCCGGCUGUUGUGAACAAGGAGAAACUUAUCCAACGUACACAUGUUCACCUCCUGUUGGUCAAGCCGUCUUGUCUCUCAAUAGCUUUGAGAAAGAUGGAGAUGGUGGUGGUCCGUCCAGAUGUGAUAACAAUUAUCACUCUGACGAUACUCCGGUGGUAGCAUUAUCGACAGGAUGGUUUGACGGUGGACAGCGGUGUAUGAAGAACAUAGCUAUAACAGGUAAUGGACGCACAGUUCUUGCUAUGGUCGUUGAUGAGUGUGACUCAACUAUGGGUUGCGAUGAUGAACAUGAUUAUCAACCACCGUUCUCCGAUAACAUUGUUGAUGCUUCAAAGGCAGUGUGGAAAGCAUUGGGUGUUUCGGAAGACAACGGGGGCCAGUUGGAUAUUGUCUGGUCUGAUGCAUAA